AUGGCGCCAAUUGAAGCGCUUCCCGUGGAAGCAAUCUGUCGCAUAGCCGACAUAUGCAUAGACGAAUCUGCCAGCAAGAACAAGGACUUUAUGCAAACUCCAGAAGCCUUAGUCCAGACCAGCCACCAUUUUUACGAUAUUGUAAACCCGCGCAUCCGCACAAUGGCUGUCUGUCGAGCAGCUGAAGAGGGACGGUUGGGUAUCAUCAAGAAGGCGCAUGGAUAUGGCGCGGAUCUGAGCUUAGCUGGGAGGAUAAAACAUGGCCAAAGAGCGUCGCCUCUUCAUUACGCCAUUCAAAAUGGGCAUCGCGAUAUUGUCGAAUACUUAGUCGAGGUUGGCGUCGACCCUCAUGUGCCAUCCGCAGGACUUUGUACAUGCUAUAUGGAUGAGGCCAUCGUGAAACCCUAUGCCCUUCAUACGGCCCUUUCACACAGCAUGGUCAAAGAAGCCGCCAAGUUACUUAUUCAGAAGCUGGGGGCUUAUUGGUCUUUCCGCGGUAUGCCUGCGUUGGAUGAGGUCUACCCUGACGAGCAUGACAAGGAACUGGCCGAUCUUCUCAUCAACUUGCCUGGACCACAACCUGCUAUCGAUGCGUUACGCUAUGCCCUCCAAUGGAAACACUCUGGCCUUGCGAACCGUGUCCUUGAGAGACCCGAUUUCGAUGCCUCCUUUCCCGACUAUUGUGGACGAACACCAAUAGCAUGCGCUGUUUUCUAUAACCAGCCCGAGAUAGUCAAGUUGCUGCUACAGCGUCCAGAAGUUGACGCGGGUACACCGCAAAAGAAUGGACUUACUCCAUUGCAUUUAGCUGUCGAAGAGAGGAGUUUGCCAUUUGUCGAAACACUCAUACAACACCCCGAGGUUGAUGCAGGCAAAGCGGACAAGCAUAAUUACACUGCUCUGCAUUGUGCUGCCGAGAAAGGAGAACUUGCCAUCGUGAAGCUUCUCUUGGAACAGCCUGGAGUUAUCGCAGCAUCGCCAGAUAAUACGGGAAUGACUCCUCUCCACUGGGCCGUCAGAAGUCGUAACCAUACAAGCCACCCAUGGCUACCAAUGCGGAAAAGAAUAUUUAGAUGUAAUGGCCCGCCAGGUUUCAGGGCCCAAAGUCUUGAUAUUAUCAAGAUUCUACUGGCCCGACCUGAGAUAAACGCAGGAAUACCCACAAAGAAGGGACUCACUCCACUACACCACGCUUGUUUACUAGGUGACCCCGAGGUUGCGAGACUCCUACUAGGAAGACGUGAUAUCGAUGCCAAUGCCCGAGCUUCACAUGGACAGACACCUCUCCACAUAGCAGCGUCAAGUCGCCUCAGAAGUGGCAUGAAGUUAAUGGGGCUACUUCUUGAGCAGCGAGGCGUUGAUAUAACUGACAUUGACAACGACGGCCGGACGAUCUUACACUACCUCUGCGGAAGUCAUGAACAGUUUUACCCACCCGAUCUCGUUAUCGAGACUGCUCUUCGAGAGGGUGUACCAAUCGACAAGACAUCCGCCAACGGUCUGACGGCCUUCCACCAAGCACUCUGUAGCGGCAAUUUUGUGACCGCUCUGUUUCUACUUUCACUCGGUGCAGAUCCCAUGGUUUCCACACGCCUCAAGUAUAACAACAGCUUGCUGCAUAUCAUUUUGAGAACUCCAGGUUUUAGCCAAGAACAGCACGAGUUGAUGGACGAGUUGAUCAGGAAGGGCAUCGAAAUUGACACCUACACCGACUCACCUCUUGCCAAUUUAUGGAAAGAUGAUGAGUACAGAAUUGAAGACGUCGACGGUAUACUUUCCGUAGAUCCAGUCACUGGAAGUGAUUGCACUCCACUGCUAUUGGCAGCACUUGGCGAAUACAGACUCAAGGGCCUCAAGUCCCUCCUUCACGCAGGAGCAGACCCGAAUGCGCCUGUAAUCGUCAGAAACAUAGAAUUGGAGAGCAGCACCGAGAGCAACCGCCAGGCGUUUCUGUCAGGGGUGUUCCGGGAAACAUGGGAUGUAGAGCCAAGUGAUGACGACAUGAUACAAAACGAAAAGCCCUUCAAGGUACUGUUGCAACAUGGGUCGCGAUUGGAUUUCGAAUGA